GAAGAAACAUUAGAUAUAAAAAAUCUUAUAUACACGUUUGGUUCCAAAAUAGAUUAUUCAACUGAGCAAAUAUCAAUUUUAUACGACCGAUUUAUCCAAACAAAAUUACUAUUGACCGAAAAUCAUAUAAACCAAAUGUCAAAGUUAUAUUUUUAUCAAAAAAAUCGAAUUAAAGUACUUAAUUAUCCUCAAAAAGAAAAUAUAAAAAAUAAGAAGCAUAGACCCAAAUUAUCUCCAAAAAAAUUCGAACCUUAAAAAAUGAUAGCCGAAACAGAUUCAAAUUAAGAAACUUAAGUUUCAAGUAUAUUAUCUUAAGAUUUCCAAGAAAUAAAAAAUCACAAGGCAUCAAUGAAAAAGAGUUCUUUUAUGGAAAAAAUUUCCGGAAUGAAAGUAAAAAAUAAAUCAGAAUAAGAAAAAGAAUUCGAAAAAAUGAAAAAAGAAAUUGAUUAGAUAAAUAUAGAUGAUAUAUGCAAAAAAAACAUUACUGCUAUUGACUCUGAUGAACUAAAAAAUGAAUUUGAAAAAAAAUCUCCUGAAUUAAGAAAUUCAAAUAAUGAAGAAGAAGAUGAAUAGUAAUAUUAAAUUACUGAUUAUUCUUCUAAUGAAAGUUCAAAUUUUGGUUCUCCUUAGUUUGUCUGGUUAUUAAUCCAAUUUAGAAUUUCUUUAUUAUUCUGA